AUGGAUCAUACUAACCCCGUUGACCUGUCUCAUCCGCAAUCCGAAAAGGACUUUAGGCUCUCCUUAGCGGACAUGGAUGCGGACAAAAAGUCUCCCAUUCCUGCAACUGCCCCUUCCACUGUCACGGUUACACCUGAAGCGCCAGCCCAGCAAUCCCAGAUUGUCACAGAGACCACGGGCAUGGGAGCCACAGGCCUCACCAUCACCACGGUCACGGACAUCGCGGGCACAUCCACGCGCACCAUAACCGGACCGGACGGAACCGUCCUCGUCCCACCUCCCAUCCCCGCCCACCCCGGCUGUGAACUCUCCCCGGAAAUGGCCAAAGCGGUGAAAGACUAUGCGAUCGAGCAUUGUUGCGACUACAUGAAGGCCAAGGAUCUGCUCACAGACAAGAUCGUGGCAAAGGUCCUCGAGAACAAUCAGGAGAAGAUCAUGGAAUUGUUGCAAAAUGAACUUGAUCAGGUGAGCAGCGAGGAGGAUGAUGAUGAUCUCGACCUUGACUCCGACAGGGAGGAAGGCGACCGGACCUUGGAGGGUUAA